UAUGGGCAGCUUCACAAAUUAUGGCUUCCCGGCUGGAGAUGAAAGCGACGCCAGCAGUGAGGAGUGGGGUAUUGACCGUUCGGACAAAAAGGCUUCUUGCAUUAAGGACCUGGAUGCUGCUGCACCAUAUGCAGAAGAUAAUGUGUCCAUGUUGAAAAGAGCCAUCAGCAAAGGGGACAUUGGGACUGUUGAACAGCUGUUGGACAAUGGCAUGGACGUGGAGACCAGACUUGGCUUUGCAUGGACUCCUCUGAUGUGUGCUGUCAGUGUAGCUGAUUACAACCUGGCCAAAAUGCUGUUGGACAGAGGGGCCAGUGCCAACUUCAGCAAAGAUCACUGGACGGUGCUUAUGGCCAGCACCACAGCUGCUGCGAGUGAAGACAAGAUUGCUCGCUGUGUGGAGCUUCUACUGUCCAGAAAUGCUGAUCCCAACAUGGUGGACAGAUCACAGAUGACCUGCCUGAUGCUGGCAGCCCGGAACGGCUACAGUAAAGUCAUUAACCUGCUGGUGUCACAUGGAGCAGAAGUCAAUCUCCAGGAAAGCAACGGCUACACGGCUUUGUCUAUAGCAGUGCAGUACGGCAGAGAGGAGGCGGUGCUGAAGCUCCUUCAGCUGGGAGCAGACAAAACCAUAAGGACCAAUGUUGGAAAGAGUCCUGCUGACCUGGCUGUGAUCUUCAAAUACACACAGGUAGGCAGGAUCCUGGCCUCUUCAUCACACGGUUCUACUGUCCAGGCCUUCAGCUCCAUGGAGGAGACCCUCUCCAAGUUCCUCAAGACCAACUCUGAACCGCCACCUUCCAAGGAAAAUGUAACCAAGCUUGAUGAACUGGAGCUCCUCCUACACGGACUCGAUCUCGGCUACCUCACCGACAUCAUGACUGAAAAUGACAUCACCUGGAGUUACCUGUUGACCAUGGAGAAGGAGGACCUGGAGAAGAUUGGUAUGACAGACCCAGCGGACCAGCAGAAGGUGCUGAGUGCUAUUCAACAGAUGCACCUGGACAAAGUGGAUCUCGACACCAUUGGCCAGCUGGGAGUCACAGACAGUGGGAGUGAGGAGCUCUAUAACUUCCUGAUAAGUGUGAGGCAGCAGUGCUGCUACCUGACAGAGACGAUUCAGGACACCGUCAGCCGGUUCCCACGCCAAAACUCUCAGCUGGUCUUCCCCCUGGACCCGAAGAAAGAGGCCCAGGCUGUCUGCAACCAGCUGGUGGUCCAGACUAAAGACCUGCAAAAGGAAGUCACCUGCCUCCGCAAUCUGCUAUGCCAGAUGAACGAGGCUGUAGAUUGCUGUAGGCCUCCUCAACCGGGUUCCCACGGCAACUGGAGGAUGCGGUCCCUGACCAGAGUUGCACUGAGCACGCUCGGAGUCACCUUCCUCUUGCUCGUCUACAAGGCUGUCAGUGGCAGAGUUUACCUGCAGACGGUCAGGAACGUCUGCUGAGCACCGUGUGUCAGUCAGUCAGUCAGUCAGUCAGUCAGUCAGUCAGUCAGUGAGCCCCUCAUUAUAUUUAGUCUUCAAUGACUGUAGCCGAUCAGUUAGAUUAUGGAAAGACUUUUGUGUUUGAGGGAAACGUUUGAAAAGACAAGUCGUUUUUGUUUUUCCUGCUCUUGCACUUGUUUUCCACUUUGCUCUGACUUGUCUGUCAUUUUGGUUCUGAAUUCUUUUAGUUUAUUUAUGUAUUAAGGGUUUAAGUGAAAAUUAAAGUUUGUUUUGACAAAC